CACACAUACUAAAAAUGUGUUCUUUUGCCAACACAAACAUGUGUCAAAUGUCAUCACUCUCUUUUAUUGACAAAAAAAAAAAGUAAUCCUCCUUUUUAAUUAGAAAUGUUUCCAAAAAAACAAAAAGCGAAGAAAAGGAAGCGAUAAAGAGAAGAAAAGAAAAGCAAAAGGCAAAGAAAGAAGGGGGGGGGAGAGAGAGAGAGAAAGAAAGGGAAAGACAAAGGAAUCGAAAGUCGGCGCCUCAUGUCUUCUUAGCUUAGCCGACCAAUCAUCACGUCCUUUUCUCCCCCACCUCUCUCCCCUGUUCUCCACCACCACCAAAAUCUCUCUCUCUCACUGUGUUUUCCACUUUCUUAUAAAACCCUAACUGCCUCUCCCCUUCUCCUUUUCUUCUUCUUGUUUGUUUCUUCCUCUCCGUUUUUUUCACAUUUUUUUUCCGUUUCAUUAUUUUGGUUUUAACUUCUUUAAUUUCUCUCUCACUCUCUUUGCGGUUCCUUCCGUAUAUUUUUUCCCAAUCGGAAGACGCCUCAAAAUUCUAUCUCAGAUCUUUCUGAAAAAGAUCUUCUUUCGUGUUUUUCAAAGCUUCCUUUCAAUCUUAUUUGCUUUUGUUUUGUUUUUCGUUUCUGGGUUCUUUCGGAGAUUGGGUUUUUGUUAUUUUUGUUCUAGAAAUUAUGAAAGGCGCGGUUGUACAAGCCGUGGUUGACAGGGUUGAAGAUGGCGAGAAGGAGAAGAAGAAGAAGCAGCGCCGUCGCCGAUCUAAACAAAACUCUUCCACCUCAGCAUCUAAUUCAGCAAAUGAAAUACGCAGUGAAGUUUCUGAGUGCUUGGGAAAUGGAAGAACGGCUGAUCAUGUAACCACACCCUUGAAGCAACAUCAGUUUGUCCUGCAUCCUCCAUAUGAGCAUGGAAUGAUCAAAGCAUCUAAUUUUCCCUUCAGUUCAUUGCCAACAAUGCACAUCAAUGAACAAGAAAAUCCUGAGGAUGUGCAAAGUUUGGAGAAUCAACAUUCUCUCCCAUGUGAUCCUGGUCAAAGAGUGUGUGCAAAUUCUUGUCCCGAAUCAGUGGCUUGUGGAGAAUCACCUGGAAUAUUUAUACUAAAGGAUUUCCCUCAUCACAUUGAACGUUAUGCUCCAAGAAAAUAUUUUACUCAACACUGGUCUAUGGAGGCUACUAAUGACGCUAUAGAGAAAGGUGAAGCUUUUAAAGCUCUGUUUAGAGUCAAUGCGCACAACAGACAUGAGGCCUAUUGCAAAGUUGAUGGAGUACCAACAGAUGUUCUCAUCGGCGGACUUGCUGAGCAGAAUAGAGCUGUGGAAGGAGACAUUGUGGUGGUUAAGGUUGAUCCCUUACCGUUAUGGACUAGGAUGAAAGGGUCAGCUGGAACUUGUACCAGUUCUGCACCGUUGGAUGAUUUUAAUUUGCAACUAGAAAAUAAUGUGGUUGCAGGUUAUAACUGCAAAGGUAAAGCUAAGGUAGAUGAGGUUUAUUUGUAUGGUAAUGAUCGAAGUAGCCUGCUUCCUGAGAGGGGAUCACGACCUGAGGAAUCUGUGGGUGAAUCUUUUCAUUCAGGGCCAAUUGGACAAUCAAGUUAUGAUCAUGUUGCUGGAAGGUACCCCUUGCCUUCAGAUUCUAUACAAGCAGGUUCUCCUGAGCAGAAUGAAGUUAGACUUUCAGUAGAGAGGCUGUGUGCCAUGAUCAAUUCAUUCCCUUCAAAACGACCAACUGGCAGGGUUGUUGCUAUCGUUGAAAGGUCUCCUCGUAGAGAUGCUAUUGUUGGUUUUCUUAAUGUAAAACAGUGGAUUUCUUACAGGGAGUUUUGCAGAAAAGACAUGAGAAAGAACAAAAAUUCGUCAUUUUCUAACCAUGAGUACAUCCAGAUGACCCCAAUCGACCCAAGAUUUCCAAAAAUGGUGGUCCUUGUGCGAAACCUUCCUGAUUCAAUCAAGAAAAGAUUGGAGGAUGGUGAUGAAACAAUCGAAAUGGAGUUGUUUGCUGCGCGAAUUGAUGAAUGGGAUGAAGAAAGUUCUGCUCCCCAAGCUGUCAUCUUGAAUGCUUUUGGGCGGGGAUGUGAAUUACAGCCCCAAAUUGAAGCAAUUUUAUUUCAAAAUGCAAUUAAUUCAUCUGAGUUUUCUCCUGAAUCACUUUCCUGCCUUCCUCAUCUCCCCUGGGAGGUGCCUCAGGAGGAAUUCCAAACUAGGAGGGAUCUCCGAAACUUGUGCAUAUUUACUAUCGACCCUUCUACUGCCACUGAUCUAGAUGAUGCUCUCUCAGUUGAUAAAUUAUCCAAUGGAAUUUACAGAGUUGGUAUCCACAUUGCUGAUGUGUCACAUUUUGUUUUACCUGGCACACCCUUAGAUGAAGAAGCUCAAUCUAGAUCAACAAGUGUGUAUAUGUCACGGAGGAAAUUACCAAUGCUACCUCCUUUGCUUUCAGAGAAUGUUGGUUCGCUUAACCCAGGAGUAGAGAGACUUGCAUUUUCAAUUUUCUUGGACAUGAAUCAUGCUGGGGAUGUUGUUGACCGAUGGAUUGGCCGCACUGUGAUAAGAUCAUGUUGCAAGCUUUCUUAUGAACAUACUCAAGACAUUAUUGAUGGGAAAUUUAAUUUGGAAAGUGUAGACAUUCUAGGAAAUGGUCGUCCUCAGUUGCAUGGCCAUUUUGAAUGGUUUGAUGUACUUAGGUCUGUAAAAGAUCUUCACGAAAUUUCCAGAAUUUUGAAGGAGAGGAGGUUUAGUGAUGGGGCUCUUCAGCUUGAGAGUUCUAAAGUUGUUAUUCUGUUUGAUGAAUAUGGAGUUCCGUAUGAUAGCAUUCAUUCUGAACUGAAGGAAUCAAAUUUUCUUGUGGAGGAGUUUAUGCUUUUAGCAAAUAGAACAGCGGCUGAAGUGAUAUCUAGAGCUUUUCCUGAUAGUGCAUUACUGCGUAGGCACCCGGAACCUAACCUGCGCAAACUCAGGGAAUUUGAAGCAUUUUGUUCCAAGCAUGGUCUAGAAUUGGAUACAUCUUCUUCUGGUCAGUUCCAACUUUCAUUAGAGAAAAUCAGGGAAGAGCUCAAGGAUGAUUGCGUUCUGUUCAAUAUUCUCAUGAAUUAUGCUACAAAGCCAAUGCAACUGGCUGCUUAUUUUUGUAGUGGGGAAUUGAAAGACAGAGAAAAUGAUUGGGGUCACUAUGGGUUGGCAGUUCCUCUGUACACUCAUUUCACUUCACCGCUACGUCGGUAUCCUGAUAUUCUGGUGCAUCGUAUGCUAUCCGCGGCUAUAGAAGCUGAGGAGUUAUUGUUGAAACAUCGGAGAAUGUUGAAUAAUUUUAACAGGGGAGAUGAAUGUAGAAUGAAAUGUUUCACUGGUAUUUAUUUCGAUAAAGAUGCUGCUGAGUCCUAUGAAAGUAGGGAAGCGUUAUCAGCUGCAUCAAUGAAGCAUGGAAUUCCCUGCUCUGAAUUGCUUACUGAUGUUGCUGCUUAUUGCAAUGAGAGGAAGCUGGCCAGUAGACAUGUCAAGGAUGCUUGUGACAAGCUCUACAUGUGGGCCCUGCUGAAGAAAAAAGAGAUUUUAUUAUCAGAAGCAAGAGUAAUGGGUCUAGGACCUAGAUUCAUGUCCAUUUAUAUCUACAAGCUAGCUGUUGAACGUCGAAUAUAUUAUGAUGAAGUUGAGGGCAUGAUGGGCGAAUGGCUUGAUGCCACAUCCACAUUAGUGCUGACUUUAUGUUCUAACAGACGCUCACUCAGGAGAGGUAGUCCUGGUAAAUGUAGGGCGCUUGAAGAUGUUGCCUUGGUCGCAAGACCUUAUGACCUCAAAGCUGAACUGGGUGCAGUUGGAAAUAGUACUAAUGAAGGUGCUGCAGCCCAAGAUGUUGGUGUAGCCACCCAUAGUUCUAACGAGAGUGAAAUCGAUCCUCUGGUUUUCCCCCUGACUCUGCGUGUUCUUUCAACAAUUCCUGUAGUACUUCAUGCAAUUGGGGGUGAUGAUGGACCCAUUGAUAUCGGGGCAAGGCUAUACAUGAGCUCAUAUCUCUGCUAGAUUGGGGUUUUGAAUCAGUUGACGCACUUGUUUGCGAUGAAUGGAAAUUUACAAAGAUCAAUGAUAACAGGGCUUUUUAUGGCAAUGGGCAGGCCCUGUUGUAGAUACGAAACUAGUGUAUAGUCCGAAUAGAGUCUUAGAAGAAAAUAAUAAUUUUACGGUUUAAUCUCUGCUGAUGCUCUAUGGGAUAUGUCUUUUAUGCCGAAAUGUUUUCGUGGGAGGUGUUGAUAAGGGUGGGUGGUUGUGUGUGUGGUGGUGGUGGCAUCGGCUUUAUAGCAGCUGUUUUUAACAGAGCUGCUUUACUGGAAGAGGCCCCUGUUUUUGUUGGCCAGUUCCAUCCAGUGUAACUUGGUUAAAAUGCGCCCAUGGCUGGCGCUUCGGCACCGAGUUUCUUAGCCGAAUUUGUGGUUUAAUUUUCUUUUGUGUUAUUUAUUCCUGGACUGCUGCCCAAUAAAGUUUUUGGCUUUGGGUGUCCAGGAUUAGUGGUAAGACAUUAGCUAUAUGUUUGGUCUGUCAUAAACGACUGGUAGUCUCCCAGUUGAAUCACAUGUAUGUUAUCUUUGUGCUCAAAUGAAAAAAGGUAACACUUUUUUAUGUUUGUUUAUGCAAUGAAUUAUUUUUCUUUC